UUAGUUUCGGUUCACGGGAAACCAAGCAGCUGUUAAAUUGGGGCGCAUGCUCUUCGAUUUUCGGUUGACUUGCGCCAACGUUCUGCCGCUCCUGUACCCGUUCUGCGUUCCCCCGAGGUUCCCAACGUAAGCGCGAAACACUAAUGAUGUCUUCGAUGGUGAGGACCGUUAGGCACUUUGACUAUUUAGUCAUCGGCGGUGGGUCUGGCGGUAUUGCCAGCGCCCGCCGGGCCGCCGAAUACGGUGCCCGGGUGGCUCUCGUCGAAUGCGGUCCUCUCGGAGGCACCUGCGUCAACGUGGGCUGCGUCCCGAAGAAACUGUGCUACUACUGCGCCAGCCUGGCCGAGAUGACGAGGGACCUGAGGGAUUACGGCUUCGAUGCGGGCCCCGCGACCCGCCUCAACUGGGCCAAGUUCAAGGCCAAGCGCGACGCGUACAUCAAACGCCUGAACGACAUCUACGGCUCGAACCUGGCCAAGAGCAACGUCGAGCUGGUCAAAGGGCGCGCCAAGUUCGUCGGUCCCAAAACGGUGCACGUAGGCCAGACUGCGUACAGCGGCGAACACGUUCUGAUCGCCACCGGCGGCGAACCUCUCGUCCCCAAAGUUCCAGGGGCCGAGUACGGCAUCACCAGUGACGGCUUCUUCCAACUGGAGAAGUUACCCCGGAAGUGCGUCGUCGUCGGCUCGGGCUACAUCGCCGUCGAGCUAGCCGGCGUGCUGCACGCGCUCGGCGCGGCCGUGACGCUGCUUACGCGCACGGAGCACAUCCUGCGCGUCUUCGAGCCGCUCCUCGGUGCCACGCUCAUGGAACACAUGUCCUCCGAGGGGGUCCACUUCGAGAAGAACUGCACGGUGGCCAGCAUCACCAAGGUGGCCCACUGGUACGAGGUCGUCACGACGACCAACCGGAAGAUCCAGGAGGUCGACAUAGUUCUCUGGGCUGUCGGACGCAAGCCACACGUCGACCUCGACCUGCACCAUGCCGGCGUCGAGCUCGACAAGACUGGUCACAUCAAGGUGGACGAGUACCAGAACACGACCAGACCUGGCGUGUAUGCGCUGGGCGACGUCUGUGGCAAGUGGCUGUUGACGCCGGUUGCCAUAGCAGCGGGGCGCUGCCUCUCAGAGCGCCUCUUCAACAACAAGCCGGACUGCAAGCUGGUCUACGAGAACAUUCCAACCGUCAUCUUUAGCCACCCGCCCAUCGGAACCAUUGGGAUGACGCUAGCCCAAGCCGAAGCCAAGUUUGGAGCACAGGAAAUCAGGACUUACAGAAGCACAUUUACGCCCAUGUACUACAGCAUGACCGAGCGAAAAUCCAAGUGCGUCAUGAUGCUCGUGUGUGCCGGGCCUGAGGAGCGGGUGGUAGGCCUGCACAUGAUUGGCGACUCGGCCGACGAAAUUCUGCAAGGGUUCGGCGUCGCCAUCAAAAUGGGCGCCACCAAGGCGCAGUUUGACAGCUGCGUCGCCAUCCAUCCGACAUCGGCCGAAGAGUUGGUGACCCUGCGGUGAUGCGCGAGCUGCCCUCUGAUCGAUUUUCUAAAAAAAAAUUUUUUUGCGAGUAAGCAGCACUUGACCGUGUUCUCGGUGUUUCUGUCAUGGUUGUGAGACUCUGGAAAGGGGGGCAUGGGCACAUUUCAUGUGCAAUGGUAACCAGAAACAUGAACGUUAUUUUAAUUGUGGGGUCCAGCCAGCACUGAUCAUUCUUGCCUACUCAUUAGUUCAUUGCAUUUUAAGAGUGUUAUCUAAAACACAUUGCCGGGCUAGUUGGUUAGCAUGCGUGAUAGAGUGAGUAAGCGUGAUUUGACAAGGACGUGUCCUUGUCAAGUCAUGAGUGUUAUAUAACUAGCACUUACUCAAGCCAAAGCCAAAGUUGAGGUAGGAAGAAAUGUAUUUGAGAAAUCAUUACUCAAAUGCAAAUUUUUAUUAGAGGAGUUUUAGUGUGACACCAGGUGAUGCCGCCAGGAGUGCUUUCUAUAACAUGUGGUAUUUUCUGUUUGAUUAGCGAUCGAUACUUUGAGGAAAGCAUGGCAAACUGUACAGCCAAAGUGCCAGUAGUAAUAGCAGCACUCCAGUCUGUUUUUGAUUAGUUUUUUCCUUGUAUACGGCACACGAACUGACACUUUACAAGUUUACUACAAGUUAUUGAGAUUGUUUGUCACUCAUUUGUACUAAAGGAGAGAUUUAAUGUGCAUUGUCUGUGCAUUAAAGGCCACACAACGAAACUUUUGCGAUGGUGUUUUGUUCGAAACUUGAAAUUAAAAUGUAUUUUUUUAAGAACACGUACUUUUGUUAUGUUG